UAAAAAGCUUUACUACGUAUGUACCCGUCGCUUGCAUUUUGAAACGUGAAAAUUCACUGUCCAGUUCAUGAAAUCGCAUAUCACGGGUUUUUGUUCUACCAGUAUUAACAUAACAUAACGAAUACCUCGUUACUGUAAUACUUUUGAUUCGUCUUUCCGUUCCGGAAAUAGUAUUAUUCGGAGUUUCUGACACCAGUAUUAAAUAUUUCUAAUACCAUGCAUACUAUAAUUCCCCCUGAUCCCAGAAAAACCAAAAUUGUUAUAGGGAUUGUUGCUGCUUUCUACGUUAUUAUUGCUACUUUCUUCAUUGUUGGAACCUGGUAUCAGGAUUAUCUCCAAAAAUUAGCUGCGGAAGCCGAUUUAAGAGAGAAGGUUCUAAAUACAAUGCAGUUACAAAUGCAUCAACUAGAGCAACAGGUUCGGUCAAAAGCAUCUGAAAUAAUAUCCGUUGCGCUCAAUCCGUCCCUUGUGAUCGCCAUACCGGCGGUAAAAAAACAAUUCACCGAUCUCCAUCUCACCCUGAAUUCUGAACUCGAACAUCUGGUCAAGACAAGAUCGUCUGCCGACACCGAAAGCAAAGCGCAGUAUCUGCACCGAGAUUCCUCUUUGCUGAACAAUAGCAUCCUUCUGCUGAAGUCGACAAAUGAACUUCAACAUCCCUUUAAUCGCGCGACACUGAUUUUGGCGAAACACCAUGCCAAAAGUACGCAAAAGAGACUUUUCGAACACCAGCACCCGGCUAACUGCGCCAGCCGGAAACAACUCUUGUGCGACAUUAACCAGAAGUGCGGAUUCGGCUGUCAGAUGCACCAUGUCGUGGGUUGCCUGAUUGCCGCGAUAGCCCUCAACAGAACUCUGAUAUUAUAUUCUUCUCCAUGGAAUUAUUCGAAAAAGGGAUGGGGUGCGUACUUCGAACCAGUAACAAACUGCACGAAAUCGCCGGAGUGGAAGGACAACCAAAUUCCUGUUUUCACUAAUGUGCAGUCGUCGCAUAGUUUCGACAUCGUGAAAUACCCGUUAGUACUAUCUCCCGACGCAUUACCGGAUUGGCUCCCAUUUGGAUAUCCUAAAUAUUUAGCGGCAGACAUUCCUCUUUUUCAUGGAGAUCCUGGUUUGUGGUGGAUCGCACAGAAUCUGAAAUAUCUGUGGCGGCUGCGUCAGAAUGUCUCGGAUAUACUCAGCAAUCAAGGCAUUUUAAUGCGCUUGCAACGUCCUUACGUCGGAAUUCACAUUCGAAGAACAGAUAAGAUUCUCACUGAAACAAAGGCCUUCGCCAUUUUCCAAUAUAUGGAAAAGGUUGAGGCUUAUUUUAAUCGAAAGAAUUUCAACACGGAAAAUGCAACCGGUCAACGUCGGCGGAUAUUUGUGGCAACGGACGACCUUUCAGUUAUAAGGGAAAUCCGAGCAAAGUACAAUUACUCAUAUGAAAUUUACGGAAGCGAUAACGCAUUCCUUUCCAAACAAAACGGAAUGGACCCCGACGAUACGCCUCUUAUGAGCAUUAUUUCCGACAUCAGCUUUCUUGCACACAGUGACCAUCUCGUAUGCACCUUGUCGUCUAAUGUUUGUCGGAUGGCUUACGCUUUAAUGCAAGUGAAAGAGGACAAAUCAGGGGAUUUCGAUUCUUUGGAUGACCAAUAUUGGCUGCCUGGUGCAGGCCAGAGACCUUUUAAAGCUUUAUACAACCAUCAGAGAGGAAAUGCUCAUGAAAUGGAGGACAUGGAAAAAGGUGACCGGUUGAUCGCAGUUGAAAAUCUGUGGAAUGGAUUAUCCCGAGCGCGCAACGAGCGAACCGGUCACACUGGACUGAUUCCGUCGUAUAAAAUUGCUCCGGUACCUCUUCCAGUCGAUAUUUCGUUUCCCGAAUAAUCGAAUGGUCCCCCGCAGAAUUUUAUUGAAUCCAAGACAAUCUUCUGUGAUAAACAACGUGUGAAGUUUUUUAUGCAUACCAUACCAGUACAAGUUAUAAAGCCAUUUUAUUGCUUUUGUUAUACUAAUCACUGGUUAUAUUUGUUCUGUCUGUAAUCAAGUUUUAACCAAAUGAUUUUUUGGUGUUUCCCGGUUAUCCGCUCACAUAAUGUGAUAAGAAAAAGCAGAAUUAUACGAACAUAAAUUUUAUAUUUUGUUUAAGGUUCACGAUAUUAAGUACGGUAGUAACUGAAGCCGCAGCGAUGUUUCGCGUUACUCAUGCAAGAGAAGCCUUAACAACUCUUGGCGAAAUUG